CGCGCAUCGUAGCCUCGACUCCUGCGCAAACUUCCCCCCAUCUACACAUUACAUGGGCUGUAUCUCACCCUCGAAUCGCCCACCAUGAGCUUCGUGCCCAUUAACCCGCGGCCUAUGCUGCAAGACCUUGUCAACCAGGACGUCGUCAUCAGACUCAAGUGGGGCGAGACCGAGUACAAGGGAAAGUUGGUCAGCAUCGACAGCUACAUGAACGUCCAGCUCAGCGGCGCCGAGGAGUACAUUGACCAGAAGAUGACGGGAGCUUUGGGCCAGGUUUUGAUCCGGUGCAACAACGUCCUCUGGAUCCGCGGCGCGAAACAAGGCGAGAACGGCGACGUCAAGAUGGACGGUUGAGCGGGAAGAUCAUCCCUCCCACAACGAGCGGAAAGACCACGAGCGGAACAAACAUGGACAUAACCUGGGAAAACGCCCUCACGUACUUUUGGGUUUGACUUAGAGAAAGGGCGGGCAGAAAGGGAUAUUGAUUUUCACGAUGAGCUUGGAGCAGUCAAAACGAAUCCACAAAAAGGCCGGCGAUGGAACGGAGUUUGCAGUGUUCCC